CGUCUCUGGACCGCCGCAGAAGACGACGCGCUCAAAGAAGCCAUCCGGCUAUACGGUAGCCGCACAGGUGCAGGCUCGGCCUGGUCCGCGAUCAGUCGGCAUGUGUCCAUACACGGCGGUCGCACAAAUAAAAAGGACUGCCGGAAGCGAUGGUUCUACACACUUGAUCCGGGUCUGAAGAAGGGGCGGUGGACGCAGGACGAGGAUGAGGCUUUGCGCAAGGCGUUUCUGGAAGUUGGAGCGCAGUGGAAGGAGAUGGCUUUGCGAGUACCUGGACGUACCGACGAACAGGUCGCGAAGCGGUGGCGAGACGUACUGUCACCCGAUCUUGUCCUCGACGCGCCCUGGACGCCCGAGGAGGACGCGCUUCUUUUGCGUCUAUUCAAAGAGCAUGGACCGAAGUGGACCAAGAUAUCACACUCCUUUGCGACGCGGAAUGGUAUUGCCGUUCGGAAUCGCUUUAGGCGCUUU